UAAUGACUCUUUCCAUACUAUCAUUGUUUGGUUUCCUAUGAAAACAAGACUUAUUUUGCAAAGAAACCCCUUAAGUUUUAAUAAUGUAUCAAACCGCCCAACAUUCUUCUUCAAAGAGAGCAACAGCAUCACGCACACGAUCUCGAAGCUCUGCAAACAAGAGCGCCUCGAAGAAGCCAUCAAUGUCCUCCAUCUCUUCUCCAUCUCCGCCCCUCCUCCUCCGUCUCUCUACUCCCCUCUUCUCUCCCUCUGCUUCACCCUCCGCGCCCCUCAUCAAGCCCGCCGUAUCCUCGCCAUUGCCCGCAUCUCCGGCGCUGACCUCGUCGUCUCCAACCGCCUCAUCCAUCUCUACGCCAAAUGUGGUCGUGUUGGAGAUGCCCGUAAGGUGUUCGGCGAAAUGCCGCAACGAGAUCCUUGCUCUUGGAACACCAUUAUUGCAGCCUACUCCAAUGCCAAUAAGCUCGUUGAAGCACGCCGUCUCUUUGAGGACAUGCCCGGUAAGGAUCACUUCUCAUGGAGCACGAUGAUGUCUGCUUAUUCUCGCUGUGGUUUGCCUCUUGAAGCACUGAAACUCUAUGGAAAAAAACAGUUUUUGAUGAGUGAGGGAGUCUUUACUUGCAGUGAUAAGUUCACAGCCUCGGCUGCUCUGGCUGCUUGUGCAGCCAUUCCAUGCUCCAUUCGAGGAAAGGAGAUUCAUGCGCACAUAUUGCGUGUCAAUUUGGAGUCUGACAUUGUGGUGUUGAGUGCAUUGACAGAUAUGUAUGCAAAGUGUGGAAGAAUGGGUAAUGCUAGAUGUGUGUUUGAUGCUCUUUUGGAGAAGGAUGUUGUUUCUUGGACAGGGAUGAUUGGGAGAUACUUUGAUUGUGGUUGGAGGGAACAAGGAUUCAAAUUGUUCUCGGACAUGCUGAUAAACAGAGUGAGGCCUACUGAGUUCACUUUCGCUGCCGUCUUAGAUGCUUGUUCAGUGUCAGCUGCCGAAGAGCUUGGCAAACAAGUUCAUGGAAGCAUGGUGAGAAUGGGGAUUGAAUCAUCUUCUUUUGCAGGCAGUGCUCUUGUGCAUAUGUAUUCGAAAUGCGGGAGCAUAAAGAAGGCAAGUGUUGUGUUUCAGAGAAUGCCAAGACGAGAUUUGGUCUCAUGGACGACAAUGAUCUCAGGUUAUGCACAGAAUGGUCAUCCAGAGGAAGCCCUGAUGUACUAUGAGUUGCUGUUGCGGUCAGGGAUGAAACCAGAUCAUGUGACAUUUGUUGGUGUUCUUUCUGCUUGUACUCAUGCAGGAUUGGUUGACAAAGGGCUUGAAGUGUUCCAUUCAAUAAAGGAUGAGUUCGGCAUUGCAUACACUGGUGAUCACUAUGCUUGUGUUGUCGACCUGCUAAGUCGAGCAGGCCGGUUCCAAGAAGUGGAAGAGAUUAUAACAAGUAUGCCAACAAAGCCAAACAAGUUCUUGUGGGCAUCUUUGCUCGGUGGUUGUAGGAUAUACCGGAAUCUCAAACUGGCCAAAAUGGCAGCAAAAGCCUUGUUUGAGAUAGAACCUGAGAAUGCAGCAACUUAUGUGACAUUAGCCAAUGUCUAUGCAUCAAACAACAUGUGGGAAGAGGUGGAGCGAAUCAGGCAGAGAAUGGAAGAGAAACAAAUUGAGAAGAAUCCUGGAUCAAGUUGGAUUGAGAUCAAAAGACAAAUUCAUGUGUUCUUAGUGGGAGAUAAAUCCCAUCCAAGAACUGAUGAAAUAUAUUUACUGCUGAAGAAGCUGCAUAGAAGGAUGAGAGAAGAAGGGUAUGUUCCAGAUAUAAAUUAUGUGCUGCAUGAUGUGGAGGAUGAACAGAAGGAAGAAGAUUUGGUGUACCAUAGUGAGAAGCUUGCAGUGGCAUUUGGGAUCAUUGCUGGUCCUGCAGGUGUACCUUUGAAGGUGUUUAAAAAUCUGAGAAUUUGUGGGGAUUGUCAUACUGCUAUCAAGUUCUUGUCAAGGAUUGCUGAAAGGGAGAUUGUGGUGAGGGACUUUAGUAGAUUUCAUCACUUCAAAAAUGGUGCAUGUUCAUGCAGAGAUUAUUGGUAACAAAGGCAACAUUCACAGAUAAGUGAGGCUUUAAUUCUGCUCAUUUUGGGGACUUGGUAUCAUCAUCUCACCACUUGUUUAUGCUGACACAGUAUAAACACUCCUUUAAAAUAUUUAUUAUUAUUUUAUAAAGAAAUCUUUUUGGA